CCUAACCUCACUUAUCCCUGGCACCCGGAAGGUUUGUUUUGAUCAGGAAAAUGAGUGCUUUUGAGGAGAAACCAGCUGCUGGGAGGUACACAUCAGGCCCUAAGCAAUUAGGUGAUCCUGAUGACAAGUCAUUGCGUAAGGUGGAACUGGAAGUUCUGAUCCCGAAAGUCAUGCGAGAUCGCGCCAAGACAGAAAAAUGCGUCCCAGAAGUCUCAGAUUUUGAGCAGUGCUGCAAAGACAAGGGAUUGCUGAUGGUGUUUUCGUGCCGGAAGGAAAAUGAGAAACUGAAGAAUUGCCUGACCAAAUGGUACCAAGAUGAGACGUUCAAGAGUGAAUGCCGGCAGAUCUACCUGGACGAGAGAACAGAAUUCCGCCGGACAGGCAUUAUGAAGAAGCACAGGAAUUUAGCUGAGAAACAAUGAGAAAUUUUGUAAAUAAAAGUUUAUUGUUUUAGGGA